AUGUCUCCAAAAAUGUGGGUUUAGGCGUUUGAAGAUGGGAUUUUUUGGAUUUUUUUGGGUGAUUUUACAUUUAGAGAUUUUUAAGAAACUAGGCAUUUACUAAGGUUGCAACUUGCUAAGGCUUCUGCUCUAUUUAAAGCUCGCUCUAUAAGGAAAUCACAGGGACGUAAACAAAGAAAUUUGAUGACUUAUUGGAAUGAGAAAACAAUGUCUUUUCCAGCUUUUUCUCCGUUCUCUUAUUGGCCGUCCUCGCCAUCAGCUCUAACGCUCAAUGUGGAUCGGCCUACGGUGGAUACUACCCAUCCUACAGUAGCUAUGGCUAUGGGUAUUAUCCCUCAUACAGCUAUGGAACGUGAGUACUCAAGCCUUGGACAACUUGAUUGCAAUAACCGAUCAGUUAAUAGCGAUAUUUCAGCGGUUACUCCAACUAUGGCUACUACGGAAAACGGGAAGCCGGAUUUGCCCCUCAGGCCCCGCAGGGACGUCAGGCAAGGCAUGCUUUGAAACCAGAAGCCAACCAGUAG